AUGCAACACCUGCUGAGAAGGAGAACUCUCUCUGUUUUCGCUCGGGGGAAGUCUGCGGCGCAGCUUCAUGAUGAUGGUGCCGAGACUCGUCCACCGUUUUCGUCAGCUGUUAAUCAUUCUUCUCCUCCUUCUGGGGAUCACGACCUGGCGGAACACCAGUUCCGAAGUCACGCAAGAACAGGGUAGGGAUCUCAGUCUCCGAAAAUCGACCAAUUUUACAAAGGGCGCGUCGGAGGCCCCCCCAGGAGGCGCCAUCGUCCUCGUGCUCAGCUCCGUCGGCCGCAGCGGCUCCUCCUUCCUCGGCGAACUCAUCGCGCAGCUCCCGAACACUUUUUAUAACUUCGAGCCGCUGCACUUCUACGACAGGAGCACCAGGGAGGCGGUGACUCCCCGCCUGGCCUGGGACACCGUCAAGGCCCUCUCCAGCUGCCGGCUCGAGAAGGACUGGCUGAGGGCGACGGCGCGGAGGGGCCUUCUGCGCUCGGAGGCGGGGACGAUCUGCCAGACGGUGGACGCCGGCGAGGCUGCCCGAUGCGCCGGGGAUUUCUGCCGCAACAGGACCCGCCUGGUGCUCAAGACAAUCCGCAUGCGGGUGUCGUGGCUCCCCGAGCUGCUGCUCCACUUCGGCUCAGGGAUGAAGGUCGUCCACCUUGUGCGGGACCCCAGGGCCUCCUUCAGGUCCUGCAUUACCUACGCCUCGUCGCAGAAGGACCACGCGAGAUACUGCCCGCUCAUCCUGGAGGAUCUGUUUAUGGUCGACACAGUGAGGAGGCUUUUCCCGAGGUCGCUGACGUCGGUGAAGUACGAGGACCUGUGCCUCGACGCCGAAGGGGUUGCGACAGACCUCUGGCGGUUCAUCUCCGAGGACAGCGAGGCCGCCCUCCCUCCCUCGUGGUCGGGCUACAUCCAGGACCACACAACCCCCUCCAAGGCCAGCAGAGGACCUUACCAGACCCGGCGAGACUCGCAGAAGGAGGCAGAGCAGUGGCGGCAGGAAAUCGACGAGGAGCUGCUUCUUGGCGUCGAGAAAUCGUGCGGUGAUGUGAUCGACCUUCUGGGCCACAAUAAGUUCCAUUCCUUAGCCAACGUCAGGAAUUGGUCCUUCCCUUUGAGGCGAACACCGGAGGCUUUGUACACGCAGACCGAAGUCUUGUAAAGUGGUGCUGUUUUUGUUGUUACUGUCAUUCUGUGCAUUGAUCGUCUUUGCGAGAGCCUGGGGACUACUUGUUUAUGUGUAACUUCCUUGUCACCAAAUUCUUGCUCUGUGGUCUUCCUUUUGCUUCCAGAGAUAACUUUUAUCUGGAAUACAAAAUUAAAGGAAACAAUAUGCAAUUUUGUCCGACGUGACUAUAGUAAAUGAAAUAAAUAAUUCAAAUUUGGCGCAAGUACUUGUAAUCCUUUUCUUAAACAACAAUAUGCUUCCUCAUGUCAUACUGUAUAUUUCGUUUCAGAUUACACUACUAGCACAAUGGGCCGUGUAUGUGUGUGUUUCAUUACAUUUAUACGUGUUAACAUGCAUACAUACAACGAUUUUUGUUUAAAUUUGUAGGUUCUGAUAUAAAUAUUAUUGUUGUUGCUCUUGUUAAGUUCAUUGAUCCCUUAAGUUCACUCAUGCAUUUGUUUAAUUUAUACCUGAAGUUCAUUCAUACCCUUAUUACAUUCAUACCUUUAGUGCAUGUAGACCUUAAGCCCACUCAUACCUUGAGCUCAUUCAUUUUGUCUCAUUCGUAUCUACAGAAAAGCAUUCGGUAUUUCCAGUUUGCAGUGUAAUCAUUAAGCAUCACAGGUGUAUUUAGGUGUUAUUAUAUGUGUAUCAUUAAGU